UACUAGUAGGAGUGGAGUUGUAGUAGGUUGCGAAUUACUGAAUGAAUUACUGCGAUGAACUAAGCAAUACCACCUGAAGCAAAGAUUUAUUUUAAAUGUGUUGUGUCGGCAUAAUUACAUAUGUAUGUGUAUUAAAGUAAAAAGUUCAAAAAAUAACAAACACAUUAAGAAAAAUAAUUAAAUAUGGGCUGUGCCGCUAGUACAGAAAGUGAUGAACCACAACCAAAUCGUCCGAAAUAUCGAACAUGUACGGACACUUUUUGGCUUGCUGUAUAUAUUUUGUUUUGGCUAUUUUUGAUUGUCAUUGCGAUAUUCUCUUUUGUGUAUGGCAACCCUUUGCGUGUUAUAAAUGGCUAUGAUUCCUUUGGAAAUACAUGUGGCGUUAAGAAGAAUGAACGUUAUCCACAAUUUCCCCUUUCGGGUAGGAAUACCUUGGAUACACCACAACUGUUGUACUUCGAUGUCAAACAUUUAAAAAAAUCUCUCAAAGUAUGUGUUAAGGAGUGCCCCUCAAAAACACUGCUCAAUAGCGAUGAUGUUAAUAAAUAUUAUUUGGAAACACGAAAUCAUAUUUGCCGUUAUGAUUUCAAUAUGUCGAUUCUGGCUGAUAGUGGCCAAGGUGAUUUAAGCAAGCUGUUUAAUACACUUGGCCCAUGUCCAGAAUUUCCCAUAUAUGAGAGUUCACCCGUGUUACAUCGCUGCAUGCCCAAGAGCAAAAAUGCUCCCGUCAAAGAUAUGUAUAAUAUGUUAAAUUCUUGGGAUGCGGCUCAACAAUUUUUGGCCGAUAUCUAUUCAACUUGGCAUUUUGUGGCCAUAAUCUGUGGAUUGGCAUUUUUAAUUUCAAUUGCACUGGUUAUAUUAAUGCAUUGGCUGUCACGCAUUGUAUCCUGGCUGAUUUGUGUUUUGGUUGUUGUCUCUAGUGUAGGUUUGACUGGAGCUUUGUGGUAUGCUUAUUAUUCAAUAAAACGUAAGGAAAAAUUAAAUGUUCAAUUUUCCUACCUGGAAGAAUUUACAAGAAACGAACAAGCCGUUUUCACCUUGGCAAUUUUGGCUACCAUAACAAUGAUCAUAUUGGUGGUCAUUAUUUAUUAUCUGAAAAACAAAUUAUCUGGUUUGACGGCUUUAUUCGAAGAGUCCGGAAAAUGCAUGAUGAAUUUACCCGGAUUAAUAUUUGCACCAUUACUGGCGUUUGUGGUUUUAGCAUUAUUUUUAGCAUUUUGGGUGUUUGUGGUGAUUUGCAUUGCGACAGCAAGUUCGCCGGGGAAUAGCAAUCCAUUUGCUCCUUUAGAUAACACGGCAACACAGUCCAAUGGCGUGGUUGUUAAUUCAACUAAAAGCUUUAUACCAAUAGAAUACACCGAAGCCAAGACAAUCAAGAGCAUGUUUUGGAUAUAUGUAGUCGGUCUCAUAUGGACGACAGAAUUUAUUUUCGCCUGUCAACAGUUUGCUUUGGCUGCUGCUGUAGCAUUCUGGUACUUCGAUAAGCCUACAACAACACCUACGAUAUAUGCAAUUGGAAGACUGAUUAAAUACCAUUUGGGAACUGUGGCAAAAGGUUCAUUUGUCAUAACAAUUUUCAAGAUACCACGUCUAAUUCUGACAUAUCUUUAUGCAAAAUUAAAAAAGGGCGAAGACAAAGGUUCUGAAUGUGCUGCAUGCUGUCUUAAGUGUUGUAUUUGUGGUUUUUGGCUAUUGGAAAAAUUCAUACGUUUUCUUAAUCACAAUGCUUACACAGUGGUGGCCAUAGAGUCCAUCAAUUUUUGUCCAGCCGCAGGAAUCGCUUGGAAUGCCAUGGCCACCAAUGCUUUACAAGUUGCCACAAUUAAUAGUGUUGGCGAUUUUGUGUUGUUUUUGGGAAAAGUAAUGGUAGCCGCUAUUUCGGGUCUCAUUGGUAUAUUUAUUUUAAAAGAUAGACCUGGUUUAAAUUUCUACAUGGCUCCUGUUAUUUUAAUUAUCAUAUUUUCAUUCUUCAUUGCCCACAUUGUGCUGUCGUUGUUUGAGAUGGUUGUGGAUACACUCUUUUUGUGCGUAUGUGAAGACAAAACAAUUAACGGACGUGGUGGACGCUGGGCCCAAAGUAAUUUAGCCAAGUUAGUGGGAGAGGAACCCUUACAGCCAGGCGAGGAACCUCCCAUACAGGUCGUCGAAAUGAUGCCCAUUAACAAACAACCAUUCAGUAAUGCAAAACGGCCAGGCAUGAUUGUACCUGACGGACCCAUGGAAUCAAAUGAAUAGAUUAUAAGUACACACAAUAUUCUAAUUAAAGUUAAAAGAGUUCUGAAAAUAUUUAUAUUUAUACAAGUUUAUCGUUUUCAGUAUCCCUUAAAAUAUGUUAGCUUUAUGGAAAAUCCGCACAAUUUUUUAUACGUAUUUAUUAAAAAAGAAAACAAAAUAAUUUAGAAAUGUGUGUUUUGAAUCUCUCAUUGUGUUCCAUACGAAGAAAUAUUGCUUACAUCAUUGUAUAUGUAUGUGUCAUUGGAAAUGUUUUUGCACUUAUUUUCGCUUCCAUAAUACAUAAUAUAAAUAUAAAGACUUAUUUAUUAUCAUUAUGUUGUUCUGAUACAGUCUAUUCAAGAUAUAUGUAAUUACACUCAUAUUUUUGUAAUAAAAUAAAUGAAACACAAACACUCGUGUUUAAAAUGUUUCCAGA